AUGUACUACAGUUGUAGCAGCUCUAUGAAGUCCAUCCUUAAUAAUCAUUUGGAGUUUACCGAGCACGCAAAAACACGUUUUUUAGAGCGUACCUCGCCGCUCAUGCUCUGCCAUAAUAUUAAUAAUUAUGACCGUCCGCUGCUUAACGAACUGAACAGCGAUGCCUACAACGAUGUCAAACAACUCGUGAAAAAUACAUUUUCCAACUGCAACAUCAGUCAGAUACGCCUAGUCUGCGCCCCGCAGAUGUACGGCAUGUAUAUGUUGCGUAAAGAAGAAAUGAAUUUGGACCUUGGCCAAAGGGUCCAGGAGAAGUUGCUGUUCCACGUGACCACCGAAUCCAGAGCCAUGGAGUCGUUGGACUGCGGACUCGACUGGAGGCGCACCCGGCGCAACAAGUUCGGGUGCGGAGUUUCGUUCAGUGACGACGCUGACUACGCCAACUAUUAUGCAAACAAAUCCCCCAGCGAAGGAACGCGUGUGAUCAUGAUAUGCUGGGUGCUGGUUGGUGAAACUUACGUGGUCUCGGGGCAGAGGGAGUAUGCAGGGAGAUCCUUGGUCGUACCACCCGGCUGUGCGGAUACGACGAUGAGCUACAACGGCCGCGUAUACGUAAAGUAUAACAAUAAUGAAUUUUAUCCACUGUACUUUGUGUACUACCAGCGAAGACCUGAAGACUUGACCCAGAGCAAAUAUAAUCGCGGGCCGAAAUUGAUUGAUAUUUCAGAUUUGGAUGAAGACUUCUUUACUAUGCUUAGUAACUUGUCAUCUAGAUCCCCGACCAACUAG